AUGGCGGCCGGAAAGAAAGGCCAAGCUCUUAGCGACUACGAACAGGCUAGACAGGAGAAAAUUGCAAAGAAUCAAGCCCUCCUCCAGCAACUCCAACUCGACGCGCAACAAGCCGGCAUAGGGCCCAAGAAGUCAAAACCGAAACCUGCCUCAAGCACUGGUCAAAAGCGCAAACGUGAUGCCGAGAAAGUCAAAUUCGAGGACAAUGCGCCGCGACGAACAUCGGCGCGACUGCAGGGCAUUGUCGCCGAUUCCGAGGUAGCCAAGAAGAAGGAGGAAGCGGAUGCAGAAGCAUUCCAAGAACAGCAGCGGAUCAAGAGACAGCGCGUCAGCGAUGACAUCGACCUUCAUGCGGCAAUCGUCAAUGGGAAGGGCUGGGAUAAGGCUGGUAACUGGCUGAGCAUGGUUGGACCUGCGCAGCCCGGGGAGCGCACUUUCACACCACAAGAUAUCAAAGAUACCAGCGACAAGGAACUGAAAGAGCUGAGACAGCGUAUGAGUGGCUUGGGGCUAUGGGAAGGCGCUGAACCGAACAGGAUUAAGAUCACACCGGAGAGGAUAUAUGCGCUUGGAUUCCACCCGUCUGAGGAGAAGGCACUUGUCUUUGCCGGUGACAAGCUGGGAAGUCUUGGACUCUUCGAUGCAUCUCAGACGAGCCCACAGCAGAUCAAGCAGGAAGCAGACGAUGCCGACGAGGAUGGAGACGUGGAUGACGAAGUCGAGCCGGCGAUCACCACCUUCAAGAUCCACACGCGGACGAUCAGUGCCUUCCAGUUCGCUCCGCAUGAUCAGAAUGCGCUCUUCUCGGCAUCCUACGAUUCGUCAAUACGGAAGCUGGAUCUGUCGAAAGGGGUUGCGGUAGAAGCCUACGCGCCAGACGAUAAAGGCGCCGAUGAACCUCUCUCCGGCGUUCAAAUGAGCCACGCAGACCCGAACAUGCUCCACUUCACAACACUGGACGGAAGAUUCGGGAUCAAGGACAUUAGAACACCUCAAGCCCAAGCCGACAUCAUGCAGCUAUCCGAGAAGAAGAUCGGAGGCUUCACACUGCAUCCCGCACAUCCCCAUAUCCUCGCCACAGCAUCACUCGACAGGACGCUGAAGAUCUGGGACCUGCGCAAGAUCAGCGGUAAGAAAGACAACAGAAUGCCCCAUCUUGUCGGUGAACACCUCUCCAAACUCUCCGUCUCUCACGCAGCCUUCAACAGCGCCGGACAAGUUGCAACGGCCAGCUAUGACGAUACCGUCAAGAUCUACGACUUCUCGGAAUCCGCAAAUUGGAAGCCAGGACACAGCCUGACGGACGACGAGAUGCAGCCUGCUACGAUUGUUCCCCACAACAACCAGACCGGACGGUGGGUGACGAUCCUGCGUGCUCAGUGGCAGAUGCAACCGAAGGACGGUAUUCAACGGUUUGUGAUUGGGAACAUGAAUCGAUUUGUUGAUAUUUACACGAGCAAGGGUCAGCAGUUGGCGCAGUUGGGCGGUGAGAAUAUCACAGCUGUACCCGCUGUCGCUCAAUUCCACCCGUCCAUGGACUGGGUCGGGGCGGGCACCGCGAGCGGAAAGCUGUGUUUGUGGAUGUAG